AUGCACAAACCAUCGCUGGCUCAAAUCGUGCACAGCGCACUGUUCCCACGGCCGCGUGCGAGCGACCCGGCAACAUUCUCAGCUCAUAUCACCCGUAACCUGGUUCCCGAGGUCCGCGUUGAAACGUCCACUUUCUAUGGAUCGCUCGACUGCAUCGAAGCUCAAUAUCCAGGACUAGACUACUCACAUGGCCCUCACCGCAUGAGGCUCAGCCGGUUUCCCUGGCACCGCAGACUGUUCAGGGCCUUCGAUGAGUUGGGCCUGACAGAGGCGGAGAUCUCGUCCCUCUGCCGCUGGGAGGGAACCAAGUCAGCUCGUGAGCGAUAUGAGAUCGAGGAGGGCGUGAAGGUACGCGACACGACUGCAGAUAGUAUUCGACCUGCAUCCCCUUCUCCUCUUCCGUCCGUCGAAGUGCACUACGAGGACGGCCCGGAACCCGCCAAAGAACCGGAACGCAGAGCAGAUAUGCCGACCCCCGAAGUUCGCACCCCAAGCGACGUCAUUGAUGACCGCGGCAUUGACUGUAUCCUUGAAGAAACCGUCGAGGAAGAUUACAGCGAGGAUGAAAUGGAAAGCUGCGGGGUGGAGCUGAACCAUCGUCUACUGGCCGCAAGCGCUGCGCGCGAACAGGGUGCCAAUGUACCACUGGACGAAGACUGGGAACAAUGGUUGAAGGAAGCCGGGGAACGGGGAAGCUAUACUGACGUGGUGAAUGCAAUUCGAAUGGGUCAGCCCUUGGGAUACCUAUACGACAUACCAUCCUCGGUGCCUCACAUGGGUCGAGCAGGCAUUCGCCCCACCAGCUCGCUAUCAGAGCCAUUCACACUACCAUCGCCAUCCACUUUGCUCGCUUCUCGACGAGCAGGAGGCCACGCGCCCUCCCGAGCUGCUCGUUAG